AUGGUAAACACGCCGUUUCUACGCUAUUUUACUUUUUACUUAUUACUUUCUUACCAAAUCAUUUUUUGUUUACAACAAACUUAUCAAUCAAAUAUAGAACUUAGUGAUAAAGGUGUGACAUUUAUUCCCAAAGCUUCACUUGAAUUUCCAUUAAAAACUCUUACUGUUAAAUCGUUAAUGUCGUGUGCACAACAGUGUAAUCUAAAUGUUCUAUGCCGAGUAUUUGUUUACGAUGAAAUAACAUUGAAUUGUCAAUUAUAUCAAAGUGAUUUAUCAUCUGGUAAUAUUACAACCGUGCCAACAUCAACAUCACGAGUAGGUUGUAUAAGAUACCAACCUCAGCUUUAUUUAAAUUAUAAUCAAACAUGUAAUCAAUGUCAAGUCAAUCGUUAUUUAACUUGUCAAAAUGCAAGAUGUCAAUGUCCUCCACCAACAACUUUUUGGAAUGGACAGAUGUGUCAAAAUCAAUUGUCGUACGGUGAAACAUGUAAUUCAUCAUCUUGGUGUCGACAAGAUUGGAAUUUAACAUGUGUAUUCGGAUCGUGUCAACCCAAUACAGCAAUCUGCAAACUGGGCGCAACAGCAAUCACAUUUGAUGAUAAUUUUCUUAGUAUUAGUGGCGCAAAUGGUAUUAUUCCGUCAACGUAUAAGAAUCUCAGCUGGACAAAUGCAAAAUAUUUAAAUGCAACUGGAUUUUCCACUACUGGUUAUCGAUAUGUUUGUGUGUCUGGUGAAUAUGUCUGCUGGUUCAAUACUCCUAUGACAAUAGAAACAUUGACAGUAAAUAAAACAUUUACAAUAAAUUCAUUUGUAACAGCUGCUGGAUGGUCCAAUUCGAUAUCUUUAAGUAUUACUGGAUAUUUUUCUUCCACACAAAUUUAUACAACUACAUUCUCAUUGAAUACAUAUACACAAAGAAUAGUCGAAUUAAAUUGGUCCGGAAUAACAAAAAUUGUAUUCAAUCCAUUUGGAUCAGGAUAUUACGAUACUGGAAUUGAUAAUUUAUGCAUUACGUUUUAA